GUCAGGGAAGAGAUCAGCUAACAGAAAAAGAUAACAGAUAUAGGAGAGAAAUAUUUUCUGGGCAGAAAUUUGCUGCUCGCCCAGCUUCAGAGAAAUCGCGAUUGGGAAGGCAUCUGUGGUCAGAUUAUGCUGAAAUUUUGACUGGAGGUUCCCAAGACACAGACCUAAAUUCUGAACGGUGGAGAUUGGAUUUUGACGGUCAGAUCGUCUGGAAUCAUCUCCGAACAGACCUGCAGUUUUUAGGGUGAUUUCAAUCCUUGUUCAUCCUCUUUGUAUCUUUGCUGAAGUUUUAUACUUCUUGAGCUGUUGUAUCAUCAUAUUUUGAUGUUUGGAGACUCUCUUGUACAUAUUCCUUGUUGAUUAGUGAAGUGUUUGGGUGGACGGAGGUCCCGUGGUUUUUCCUCUUCGAUUUGGAGGGGUUUUCCACGUAAAAAAUCGUGGUGUUCUGUGUGUGCUUGGUUUCAUUUCAUUUUACAGCUUUCUCCAUAUAUGUUUUUGAUGCCAUUCACUGCUACCUGCUCUUAAAUCGGGAUCCUGUGAUUUUCUUGCAAGCUUGGGAGAAUUCUUGUCAAGUAUAUUUGGACUGUUUUGGGUUUGUGGUUGAAUUACUUUGACAGGCAGUGUUUUUCUUCCCUACAAAUUGGUAUCAGAGCUUGUAGUUAUUCCUGUGUUAUCUGCUUGUUUGAAAUAUGGAGCCGAAUAUUAGUAGGAUGAUUUGUUUGAAUGGCAAAAAUUAUCACAACUGGAGUGAUAAAAUGAAAGAUUUGCUAUAUGUUAAGUCUCCAUUUACCUGUAUUCGGAACUAAGCCUGAGAAUAAAUCUGAUGAAGUCUGGGGUUUUGAAAAUCAGCAAGUCUGUGGUUAUAUCAGAUGUUGGGUGGAAGAAAAUGUUAGAAAUCAUAUAGCAAAGGAAACAAAUGCCAAAACUUUGUGGACGAACCUUGAAAACAUGUAUGCUGCUAAAACAGGAAAUAAUAAAUUGUUUCUGUUAAAGCAAAUGAUGAAUUUGAGAUAUAAAGAGGGCACUUCUGUUUUGGAUCAUGUUAAUGAAUUUCAAGGCCUAGUUGAUCAGAUGACUGACGUUGGUAUUAAAUUUGAAGAGGAAAUAUUGGGACUUUGGUUGCUUAACAGUUUACCCGAUUCUUGGGAAACUUUCUGGACUUCUUUUACUAACAAUGCUCCUGCUGGUUCUAUGUCUUUAGGGUAUGCUAGAGAUGGCAUUUUAAAUGAGGAGGUUAGAAGAAGGACUCCGGGUACAAACUCAUCCCAGUCAGAAGUUUUUGUUACUGAAGACAGGGGGAGAAACCAAAACAAGUUUCAGGGUUAUAGAGGCAAAAGCAGAAGUAAGUCCAGGUCCCGGUUUAAGGAUAUGGAAUGUCAUUACUGUGGCAAGAAAGGUCAUAUCAAGAAGCAUUGCUUUAAACUAAAGAAGGACAAGAAAAAUGGCAACAAUUCUGAUGUGAAAAAUGACAACAAUGGUGACCGCGUUGCUGCUGCCACUCCGGGAGAUCUUGUUAUUGUUCAUGAUGAUGUGAUCAAUUUUUCAUCUCAUGACACUGAUUGGGUAGUAGACACUGGCGCCUCACUUCAUGUUACGUCUAAAAAGGAGUUCUUCAGUUCCUACACUCCAGGUGAUUUUGGAGUUCUCAGGAUGGGCAAUGAUGGUGUGUCAAAGGUUAUUGGCAUGGGUGAUGUGUGAUUGCAGACUAGUAAUGGCACUCAAUUGAUCCUUAAAGAUGUCAGACAUGCUCCAGAUAUUCGCCUAAAUUUGAUCUCAGUUGGAAGACUUGACAAUGAUGGUUUCUGCAACAGUUUUAUUGGCGGGGAGUGGAAGCUCUCCAAGGGUUCAUUGAUUGUGGCUCGUGGGAAGAAGUCUUCUAAUCUUUAUUUAUUGCAGGCUUUCGUUUCUGGCAGCAUCAAUGCAGUGGACAGCAAAACCUCAUCUGAUUUAUGGCAUAGACGACUUAGCCAUAUUAGUGAAAAGGGACUUAAUUGUUUAAUUAGAAACAAUGUUAUUUCUGGACUUGGUACAACAAAGUUAAACAAGUGUGAUCAUUGCAUGGCGGGAAAACAAAACAGAGUGUCCUUCAAGAGUAAUUCUCCUCACAGAAAAUCAAGCGUGUUGGAGUUGAUUCAUUCCGAUGUGUGUGGUCCUUUAAAGGUACAAUCUUUUAGCGGUGGAUCUUAUUUUGUGAGUUUCAUUGAUGACUAUUCUAGAAAGGUGUGGGUCUAUGCUUUAAAGACCAAGGAUCAAGUUCUAGAUAAGUUUAUGGAAUUUCAAGCUCUUGUUGAGAGGCAGACGGGAAACAAAGUCAAGUGCAUCCGAACAGAUAAUGGUGGUGAAUAUUGUGGUCCAUUUGAUCAUUAUUGCAGAAAACUAGGGAUAAGGCAUCAGAAGACUCCUCCCAAAACUCCUCAACUAAAUGGUUUGGCAGAAAGAAUGAACAGAACUUUAAUUGAGAGAGUUCGCUGUUUACUUUAUGAAGCUAAGCUAUCACCGAGCUUCUGGGGUGAAGCUUUGUACGCAGCAGUUCAUGUGAUUAAUCUGUCCCCAGCUUAUGCUUUAGAUGGAGAUGUUCCAGAGAAUGUUUGGUCAGGCAAGAAAUCUUCUUAUGAUCAUUUAAGAGUCUUUGGUUGUAAGGCUUUUGUUCAUAUUCCUAAAGAUGAACGGUCUAAACUUGAGGCAAAGACUAGACAAUGUAUCUUUCUAGGUUAUGGCCAGGAUGAGUUUGGGUACAGGUUAUAUGAUCCAGUUGAGAAGAAACUUGUCAGAAGUAGAGAUGUUGUAUUCUGUGAAGAUCAAACUAUUAAGGAUAUUCAGAAGGUUCAGAUGACAGCAACACAGAUGUAUGAUGAUCUUGUCGACUUGGGUGAUGAGGGAACUCGUAAUGAGUCUACUAUUGUUGAUGAUACGGCUCAGCCCGAUACACACCAGGAUACAGUUGACACUAAGACUCCAGAGGAUGAAACUACUGAUAUUCAACAUCCAGAAGUUACAUACAUGCCAGAGGAAUCACAUGAAGCUCCAGUUCCUCCUAGACGGACUACAAGAGCUAAAAUACCUUCUGUUAGGUAUAAUCCUGACACUUAUGUGCUCUUGACUGACGGGGGAGAACCUGAAUGCUUUGAUGAAGUACUGGAAAGUGAGCAAAAAGAUAAGUGGUUCAGGGCAAUGCAAAAUGAGAUGGAAUCUUUGCAUGAUAAUCAUACCUUUGAUUUGGUAAAGUUACCCAAUGGUAAGAAAGCUUUGAAGAAUAGGUGGGUUUACAGGUUAAAACAGGAGGAACAUUCCUCAAACCCACGAUACAAAGCUAGAUUAGUAGUCAAAGGUUUUAAUCAGAGAAAAGGAGUUGAUUUUUCUGAAAUUUUUUCUCCUGUUGUGAAAAUGUCUUCCAUUAGAGUUGUGCUUGCUUUAGCUGCUAUUCUUGAUUUGGAGGUUGAGCAGAUGGAUGUGAAGACAGCUUUUCUUCAUGGUAAUCUUGAGGAAGAGAUUUACAUGGAACAACCAGAGGGUUUUAAGGUCAAAGGUAAAGAAGAUCAUGUGUGCCGAUUGAAGAAAAGUUUAUGUGGUUUGAAACAAGCACCGAGACAGUGGUACAAGAAGUUUGAGUCUGUUAUGAGUAAGCAGGGUUACAAAAAGACCACUUCUGAUCAUUGUGUGUUUAUGCAAAAGUUUUCUGAUGAUGACUUUAUUGUACUUUUGCUUUAUGUUGAUGAUAUGCUUAUUGUUGGUAAGAAUGCUUCUAGGAUCAAUAUGUUGAAGCAAGAGUUGAACAAAUGUUUUGCUAUGAAAGACUUGGGACCAGCAAAGCAGAUUCCUAGAGUGAAGAUCACUCGGGACAGAAAAGAAAGAAAGCUUUGGCUAUCACAAGAGAGUUAUAUUCUGAAAGUGCUUCAAAGGUUUAGAAUGGAUAAUGCAAAAUCAGUUAGCACUCCACUUGCUAGUCACUUCAAACUAAGUGUCCAGCAAUGCCCUUCAACUGAAGAUGAGAAGAAAGAGAUGGAUAGAGUUCCUUAUGCUUCAGCCGUUGGUAGUUUGAUGUAUGCCAUGGUUUGUACGAGGCCCGAUAUUUCUCAUGCUGUAGGAGUGGUUAGUCGUUUUCUUUCAAAUCCAGGAAGAGAACAUUGGGAAGCAGUGAAGUGGAUUUUGAGAUAUCUCCAGGGAAGUUCAAGUCUAAGACUCUGUUUUGGAAAUGAAAAAUAUGUUCUUGAAGGCUAUACUGAUUCAGAUAUGGCUGGGGAUAUUGAUUCAAGAAAGUCUACUUCUGGAUAUUUGAUUAGUUUUGAAGGGGGAGCUGUUUCGUGGCAAUCUCGAUUACAAAGAUGUGUUGCAAUAUCAACUACAGAAGCUGAAUUUAUAGCUGCCGCGGAAGCUUGCAAAGAGUUGCUUUGGAUGAAGAAUUUUAUGAAGGAACUUGGAUACUCUCAAGAAAGAUAUGUGUUGCUAUGUGAUAGUCAAAGUGCAAUUCAUCUCGGUAAGAAUUUAACCUUUCAUUCUAAAUCUAAACAUAUUGAUGUAAGGUAUCAUUAGAUCCGUGAAGUCUUGAAUGAUAGGUUGUUGGAGCUUGAAAAGGUUCAUACUGAUAAUAAUGGGGCUGACAUGUUCACAAAAGCAUUACCGAGAUGGAAGUUUGAGGUUUGUUGUUCGCUUUCCGGGAUGGAAAGUGAAUGAUUUCUUCACAUAGUCGGGAGGGGGAGAUUUGUUGGGCCUAUCUCAUUUAUUCCCUCCUAUGUGAUUAUAGCCCAAAUUGUUGGAGACCCAUUAAGUCAUUUUGACUCUUCACUUAGUCAAUGGGUGUGGUCUGAAGAUACUGCCUGUGGUCAGGGAAGAGAUCAGCUAACAGAAAAAGAUAACAGAUAAAGGAGAGAAAUAUUUUCUGGGCAGAAAUUUGCUGCUCACCCAGCUUCAUAGAAAUCGCGAUUGGGAAGGCAUCCGUGGUCAGAUUAUGCUGAAAUUUUGACUGGAGGUUCCCAAGACACAGACCUAAAUUCUGAACGGUGGAGAUUGGAUUGUGACGGUCAGAUCGUCUGGAAUCAUCUCCGAACAGACCUGCAGUUUUUAGGGUGAUUUCAAUCCUUGUUCAUCCUCUUUGUAUCUUUGCUGAAGUUUUAUACUUCUUGAGCUGUUGUAUCAUCAUAUUUUGAUGUUUGGAGACUCUCUUGUACUUAUUCCUUGUUGAUUAGUGAAGAGUUUGGGUGGACGGAGGUCCCGUGGUUUUUCCUCUUCGAUUUGGAGGGGUUUUCCACGUAAAAAAUCGUGGUGUUCUGUGUGUGCUUGGUUUCAUUUCAUUUUACAGCUUUCUCCAUAUAUGUUUUUGAUGCCAUUCACUGCUACCUGCUCUUAAAUCGGGAUCCUGUGAUUUUCUUGCAAGCCUGGGAGAAUUCUUGUCAAGUAUAUUUGGACUGUUUUAGGUGUGUGGUUGAAUUACUUUGACAGGCAGUGUUUUUCUUCCCUACACUAAACUACCCGGGAUCCCCGCUUUGAGAAAUUUCCCCAAUCGGAAACAGAAGCACAACCGAGAAGGCCAUAACCCGAAGAAGGCAGCGAUCCAAAAACAGUGCUUAAAAAACCAAAAAAAAAGAUCUACGUAAAACAAAACUAGAUACGAAAGAGAUCGGAUAAAGCAAAAAAACUAAUAAAAAAAUUGAUUAGAAUAAGCACCAGGUUCACGCGCAGAGACGGAGCAAAAAAACAGGUCGGCUGCCGAGCUAAGGAAAGAAGGGAGUCGCUAGCAAAAAACAUCCGCGGCGCCGCUGCGUUUUCUCUGUUGAGUCGUCGGCGCCACACUGUCGUAUCUUAUCUGUCUCAUCAGUCUCACCACAUCUACAACGCUAGUACGCCACUACAGAUCAACUCCUUCUGCCGUGCUGGACCUUGAAGCUGCAGCCUGCCAUGGCUAUGGAGGAAGGAGCGUGAGAGAGUGUUUGGUGAGAUUGUGGACGAGAGAUAAGGAAUCUCGUGGGGCAGUUUUGGAACGAAGUAAAAAAGAAGUCCUAUUUACGAGUUAAAAAAGACUGGCUCCUAUUUAAGUAUUUACGGACAUUUUAAGUCCUAGUUAUGACCAUUUCUCAUAAAUAAGACCUAUCUGAAACCGCAAAUAUAAAAAACAAUGUCAACGAUAAUGUCGUAAGAAUGUCAUUGACAAUGUCAUAAAAAUGUCAAUAAAAAACAAUGUCAACGAUAUUGUCAUAAGAAUGUCAAUGACAAUAAAAUACAUUCCUUAUUUCGCUGCUUUCAGCUUGUUUGUAUGUACAGAGCACUAUUUUUGUUUUCUUUUCUUUGGAUAUUGCAAAUGCAUCUAUUUAAAUUAAUAUUUGGAAAUGAUUUAAUUAUUUAUUUUGUAAAAAAUCAUUGAUGUAAUCAAUUGUGUGCACCAAUCAAUUGAGUAAUAAUUACCGACUACCGAGUAUAUUACACUAUUACUACUCCAUACGGAGUCUGAGAUAAUAAAAUCCAUAACGUUGACAAAAAAAUUGUUUUAGUUUACAAAAUAAAUCAAAAUAACUAAAAAUUGAGAAAGAGAGGCGAGCAGAAUCUGUAAUAGUGCUUUUAAGAAAAGAUUCAAUCUGUAAUAGUCUUUCACGGCAAGAAAAUAUCCGGCUAUCUUCAUCACUUGCAGCGACGGCCUCCAUCACUUGCAGCGGCCUCCAUAUCUGCUGGUGACCUUCCUCACUUACAAUUACAUCCAAAUUGAAGCAUGGCAAUCCUCUAAAUGAAAAAGGCUUAAUCUGGAAUGAACAGAAAAAUAUUCCGAGAGCUGCUUCAGGAGAUGUUCAUUAGAUCUGUACUGAAGAUUUAGAGAUGAAUCCGAUGCACCGCUCUGUAUUUCUACGUAAAGAAGAACUCAAGAAGUCCGGAGGUGCAAUUAUUUCACAGCUAAAAUAAUCGCGGCCGCCGUGACGGGUGGACUGGUCGGCGCCAGAACAAAGAGGACUGAGAUGAGGCGGCAAGAGAAUGGAGAAGGCUAGCGACGGGAAUAUGCGUCUCAGGAAAACGAAGGAAGAGUAUCCUACAACUAAAUCAAGGGCAAAAUUGGCAUGGAAUAAAUAAUUAGUCGUAUUUAUUAGGUAUUAAAAAGCAUGUGGUCCUAUACGGGUAUAUACAUAAAGCUUUGGUCUUAUUUAAGACCAUUUCGCUUUUUCUAAUCUAAUCUAAGAACUUCUGAAUAAAAUAAA